CUCAAGUAUUUGUAAAAUAAGAACAGGAAAUAUGAUGGUAUAUAUCUUAUACUGCAUAUGUUUUCCUUUCUUUUUUUAUGCAACUAAUAACACAGGUAACUCACAACAACUGAUGGACAAUGGCCGUAACUGCAGGACUGCAUCCCAUUAAGAGAAAUGAGGCUUUUAAACCUUUGGAAAAUCUGCCUGUCUUGGCUCAAGCCAGUCCUCGACGUACCUUUCCAGCAGGCACUCCACAGAAGUGCGAGCUGAGUAAAGUCUCUCUAAAGGUGGGGAAGAAGACCCUGAACUCCCAGCCCUGCCUGGUUCUCCUGCGCCAGCACAGCAUGCGCUUCGGGGCACAAAGUAGCAGCCCUUUCUUCUGUAGAAACAACCCCCACCCGCGGAGAGUCCGCCACAUGAAAGGCCUGAAUGACAUUCCAAUUUGCACUGUGAAUGAUGAGGGCUAUGGUCAGAAGACACAGUACUGCUUGGGAAAGCCCAUGUCACCUGAGAAAUACCUUAUAUUGCAAUGCAAAAUCCCCAGCAGUGCAAUGGGAACUCCCACCUCUUGCACAAGAGAUACCAUCAGUGGUCUGCAGCUCUUCCCAUUCAAAGAGAUGGAUUUGCCUUCCCUGCAGUUAUUGUCAGAAGCCUGGAGAGAGGAACUGAGAGACCUAGCAGAGAAGGCAGGACUGCUCAAUCCAACAAAACCUGAAAGAGUCUCUCCAGGUAGUGGCACAGCUUCAUCAACACGUUCUGGGUCCCAACAAUCCAGCCCUCUGAUUGGACGAAAUGGCUCAAGGGAAGAGGAAGUAAAUUUGAAUCAGGAAUUGCUGAUCAUUGACAUGCUAUGCCAGAUACUCCAGACAGACACCAUUGCAGCUGUUCAACACUGGCUUCUGACUGCAGGCCAGAGAGAAAAGGAGCUGGUGCUGAACAUCAUUCGUGCAGCCAUAGGUAAAGAGGGUUUUCAUCUAAAGAAAAGCUCAGAGGAGAAUCAGGUGGUUUUAGUGGAACUUGAGUCUCGCUCUUCAGUCUCUCGAUCACCCUCUAUUUAUGGAGCUCCAAGCAGCAGACUAUAUCCUUCUCAAAUUAUAAGCUGUGAUUCAGGGAAAACGGAAAACUCCAGGAAGCAUACAGAGAGGUCGUCAUCGGCAACUACACAAGAUAGCUGUACCACCGAAAGGCAGACAAACCCGAGAACGCUGACCAGCCCAAGCAUCUGCAACCUGACAUUAAAUAAAAAGGUUGUAUUCCGUUACAGCAAGAAACUGACAUCACCUCAUGACCGCGCGGCAGCAUUUCAGGCCCUGAGGAAAGCAGAGGAAUGCACACAAAAAAGUGGUUCAAAGCCAACCUCUUGAAUAUUAUGAAAUGAAGACCUAAAAAAAUACUGGAGUAAAGGAAAAACAUCUCACUCUAAACAUCA